AGCUCAGUUUUAAGCGUGCCAGAGGACUGAAAUAUAAUGCCGCAGGAUUUCCGUAAAUAAGAGAUAAAGCCGCAGGAUUUCUUUUUUCAGCUGCAAAAAAAAUGGAGUCCGCUUUGCUUACCUCAUUAAGCCCCUUCUUUCCAAGAACAGCCAAUAAUGAUUCAUGCGGUGAGGUUGGGAAUGCAAUUAUAUAUUUUUCCUGUUCUUCAUUGCAUUUCCGUUCCAUCUACCGAGGAAGAAGGAAUCACCUAGUCUCAACCGCAUUGCCUGAAAAUUCUCCAUCAAUAAUUUUAGCAGCCAUGGCUGUGGGUGCAGCAGCAGCUACACUUCUGGCCAGAAGAACAACUUCUGCAAUCAGCAAUAAUGAGAUCUCUACAAAAACCUGCGAAGAAUGUGGUGGUUCUGGUGUAUGUUCAGAGUGCAAUGGAGAAGGGUUUAUACUGAAGAAAUUAUCAGCUGAAAGUGCUGAUAGGGCCAGAAUGGCCUCAACAAACAUGGCUACUCGGUACACUGCAGGGCUUCCAAAAAAAUGGAGCUAUUGCACCAAAUGUUCUUCAUCUCGGUCUUGCCGUGCUUGUGAUGGCACAGGGAGUGCGAACUUCUGAGCAUAAUAAGACAAUGUAGCAAAGAGCAAUGUAUUUUCCGCUUAAAUUGUCCAAAACGCGCUAUGCUUUCGUAAAUGGUUUAAGACACCAUCAGUUUAUGACGCUGUUUAUUUGCUGGUGGCUUUUAAAGGACCUUUUCCUAUGGGGUUGUAAUCGAGUUGAGUCGAGCCGACUAUAUCAUAUAUUGGGCUUGAUUUGGUGCAAUUGUACAUAGUGUUUGAACUUGU